UUGCGGGCGGAAAUCACGUGAGACGAAAGGGAAAAAAACAAAGUUUCAAGAUGGCGUCUCAGUCACAAGGAAUUCAACAACUUUUAGCAGCGGAAAAGAAGGCUGCAGAGUUAGUGAGUGCCGCCAGAAAACGUAAGAAUAAAACUGUUUUAAUGUCUUUUAAGUUCUGUAGUGGACAGUUGUUCACAGUUUUGAAAUUUUACAGUAAUAUUCUUGAAGUAAAAGGGUUGAUUUUUUGAAUUAUAGAAUUUAAUAUGACUCUUAUAAUAUGGGGCAAGUACAGAAGCAAUGGGCUGGAAAAUGAUUUAAACACUGCUAUAAAAUAUUUCAUUGUCUUAAAGCAAAUUGAAGAAAUUCUUAAUUGUAACUGAUGCAAGUAGAUAACAAGUGUUUGUAAAAUGAAUAAAUACUAUUAAAAUAGAAUAGUAUUUACUCUGAUUAUUCUUUUUAAAACUAAUGCCAAUAAAAUGUUCAGGCUUUCGUUGGUUGGUAGGGAUACAACUACCUGAAAAUAUAUAAGGAGAAUUUCACCAUGUAUGUAUGUGCUGUUUAAAAUCAGUGCCAAAAAAUGAUCAAGAAAAUCAAUACCACUCAAAUGAUCAAGCUUUCGGUGGCAGGCCGGCAGGAAUGCAACUACCUGAAAAUAUGUAAGGAGAAUUUCGAUGUUUCGAGCGAAGGCCAUUUGUCUGGAGUUACAGUAACUCCAGACAAGGGGCCUUUGCUCGAAACAUUGAAAUUCUUUGUAUAUAUGCCAGGUAGUGCAUCCAUACCAAUGAAAGCUUGUUCAUAUUAACAUAGCUGCCAAGGUGGAGUGAUCUGCAUGUGUGAGACGCCAUCCACGGACGCAAUCUAAUGCCCCCCCCCCGGAAAAUUUUAAAAAUUUGGGUCUCUGAUAUGGAAUUUCCAGCGUUUCAUUCCCAAGACAGGAUUUAUUCACGAUUGCUGCACCUUGGAUACUGUAAUCAGAUAUCAUUUUCGCACCGCAAAUAGGUUCAAUUUAUGGCGUCAAAUGAGGUGUUGACAGCAAAUUCACACUGAUACCAAACACCUACCCACUCUACUGCGUUCACCAGAUUAAUUUAAUACUGACUAAUUUCAUAGUGUAAAAUAGAAAAACUAAACGCUAAACAUUUCACAGGUUUCCAAAGUUUACAUUGCUCUCUAGAUUUACAUUUUUUUAUUAAACUCUUCAAUCACAAGCAGCCAAGCUGGCAUGCGUGAGAUAAAUAAUACUGAGCGUGUGAGCGUGAGAAAAUAUGCUGAGGCGUGUGUCACACGCAUAAUGUGUGAGACUUGGUAGGUAUGUAUUAAAAUAGAAGGAUUUUAUAGAGCAUCUACACUCAAUAUAGCUAUUUAAUAAAUAAUUGAUUUGUUGUCUCAUUACCCAUCAAAACAUUAAAACAUCACGGAUCACUUUUUCCAAUUUCUGUCUGUUGUAAGUAGGAACACCUUAUUUUAUGAACCUACACGACCUUAUAUAAAUAUUAUGAAGCCGCGUUCAUUUUAUCUAGCCGUGUUUUUCUGUUUUUGGCCGCGAUAACACAGCCCUCUAGCUAAGACCCUGGAUUGACAACUGACCUCUGUAGCUCAGUUGGUUAGAGGGCUGCACCGGAAUUGCAGGGCCCAGGUUUGAUUCCUGCCAGAGGCCUAUAUAGUUGCAUUUAUCACAACUGCUCCUGGUUAGGCAUAAAAAAAUACCUGGGCCCAAUACCCUUUGGGGCUGUCAAUUUCCCGUUUGUAAUACAAAAUGACUGAAAAACGGCAAACUUCCCCAAGGCUAUAUUAUCCGCAUAAAACAACAUUUUGCAACGAAACUUUGGAGUAUGUUUGUGAUGUUACUCUGAGUGCAUAUCCACACCGGGCGAGCUUGAAAAAUAUGCCCGGCCACGGUGGGAUUCGAACCUACGACCUUUGGAAUACUAGCCCAAUGCUCUUCCAUUGGGCUAGUAUUCCAAAGGUCAUAGGUUCGAAUCCCACCGUGGCCGGGCAUAUUUUUCAAGCUCGCCCGGUGUGGAUAUGCACUCAGAGUAACAUCACAAACAUAUUAUUCACCUGAGUACACAACACCAGCACAGAAAAAAAGAAACUUUGGAAUAUUACUAAUUUUGUGAUACUCUUUCAUGCUGUGAUGAAAUUUUUGUCAAUUUGUCUAGACUUAUUUAGAUCAAAAUUUAGUCUAAAAUGCAAAUGGUCCAUUCUGGUAGCAGUAGUCAUGCGACAUCAUAAUGAAAGGGACCUAUAAUUUUGUGAACAACAUUUUAUGAACAGGCAAAACGAAGAGACUGAAGGAAGCGAAGGAGGAGGCUCAAGCAGAAAUUGAAAUCUUCCGCAAAGAACAAGAGAAAGAAUUUCAAGAUUAUCAGAAAGAUGUAAGUAAAAUUUGGGGAUUUUACAUACACAAUUAGCA